GUGCCAGGUUAUGUCCUGCCCAAGCACAGACUGCAACCAGCUCUCUUUAAUUAACUCUAGCUUGUUAGUUAACCUCAUAGUUACUAAAUACGCAUCGUUUUUUUGUUUUUUUUUUAAUAAAUACGCUUAUAAAUAGAAAGUGUUGAAUAGUGUAUUUACUCCCUGUUUGUCUGGGAUGUGAAAACAGACAGAAAACAAGCUAAAAGACCAUAUUAAUAGCGUAUUAAAUGCUCGAUAACACGGUCAACAAGCAGCCUUGUCUUCUCGUUAGCACCGACUGCGACACUACUGGCCGGCUAAUGUCGCUUAGCUAGCUAACUUAACUGUCUACAAGCGGCUUCACCGUCUGGCAGCGGGGGAAGGGCUGCCACUCGAGGACAGUGGGGGCUCUCUAAUGAUCCCCCCGUUCAUCCGAUGAACCCCCUCAACUCCAUGAAACCCUCCCUGCCUCCCACUCCACAAAGCAGCAACAGCCCCUUCCUAAAUGACCCAGUCUCCUGGCAACCAGGCACCAAUCAGCACGCAGGAUCUCUCUCUGUAGUAACCACAGUGUGGGGCGUGACCAAUCCCACACACAGCCAGGUGUUCGGUGCACCCAUGGGUCCAGGUGAGAGCUCUGGCAGUCACAUGAUGCCUGGCGGCAGCCCCGGUAUGGGUCCCGGUAUGGGCUCCCAGUUCAUGGGCCAGCAGUCGUACGGAGACGCCAUGUCUAAAGGCUACGGCCAUCCAGUCAUGUACGGGCGCCCCAGCGCUGCCUACAACCCCCCCUCAGCCUACGGCGGAAGUUACUCUGGUAACAGUGGAGGUGCCGCUCUGGGCGUCCGUCCUCCCUCAGACUUCACUCAGGCCGCCGCCGCCGCCGUUGCCGCCGCCGCUGCCACAGCAACUGCCACCGCCACGGCAACUGUUGCAGCAAUACAGGAGAAACAGAACCAGGAGCUGAGCUAUGGACAGAUGGGUGGAGCAUCCUCUUACAGCACCCAGUUCCUGUCUCAUUCGGGCCCCCGCGGCCCUCCAGGGAUGAACCCUGGUGGGAUGGUCCCUUCCAGGCCCGGACCUCCGCCCUCCUCGGGGGGCUUGUAUCCCUCUCACCCUGCACAGACGCAGAAGAUGGCCCAGCACGGGGGCUAUCCCGGUGGACAGCAGGGCCUCAAACGGCCUUUCCACUCUGAGGGUUUUCCAGUGCAGCAGUACGGCUCCGGUGGGAUGUCAGGGUACCCGACCCAGCCCCUGCAGUACCCCCCUGGUCCGCAGCAGAGAUGCCCCCCCUCACCCUCUUACCCCUCCAGCCGGAUGCCUCUCAUGGGACAGUACCCCUCUGGAUCACACAACCCAGCGCAGUUCCCCCCUGGAGCUGUCCAGCCCAAUCCUCCACAGUAUUAUAAAACAGAGCCUUUCAAUGGUCAGGGCAGCCUGCCAUCGGGAGGCGCAGGAGGAUACAAUGCCUUCACACAGGCCGCAGUCAGCGGGGUAAGUCAGCCAGGUCGGGGCGGAGUGAUGCCCGGGUACCCCAGCUCUCCGAUGGGAGGGAAUCCCACCCCUCCGAUGACGCCGGGCACCUCAAUACCUCCCUACCUGUCCCCGGGCCAGGACACAAAACCCCCCUACCUUCCACCAGACACCAAACCCAACAUCAACACCCAGCAGGCCUCCACAGGUAACCCCAGUGACGACCUGCGGCUGACCUUCCCGGUGCGAGACGGCGUCGUGUUGGAGCCGUUCAGACUGGAGCACAACCUGGCCGUCAGUAACCACGCCUUCCAGCUCAGAGACUCCGUCUAUAAAACACUCAUGCUGAGGCCUGAUCUGGAGCUGCAGUUCAAGUGUUACCACCACGAGGACAGGCAGAUGAACACUAACUGGCCCGCCUCUGUGCAAGUGAGUGUCAACGCGACUCCUCUGUCCAUCGAAAGAGGCGACAACAAAACCUCCCACAAGCCCCUGUACCUGAAGCAAGUGUGUCAGCCGGGACGUAACACAGUCCAGAUCACAGUAACAGCCUGCUGUUGUUCCCACCUGUUUGUGUUACAGCUGGUCCACCGGCCGUCUGUCCGGUCCGUCCUGCAGGGGCUGAUGAAGAAGAGACUGCUGCCGGCCGAGCACUGCAUCACUAAGAUAAAGAGAAAUUUCAGCAGCGGCACCAUCCCCGGGACCCCCGGUCUGAACGGCGAGGACGGCGUGGAGCAGACGGCGAUCAAAGUUUCCCUCAAAUGCCCGAUCACGUUCAGACGGAUCCAGCUGCCGGCCAGAGGUCACGACUGCAGACACAUACAGUGCUUCGACCUGGAGUCCUAUCUGCAACUUAACUGUGAGAGAGGGACGUGGAGAUGUCCGGUCUGCAAUAAAACAGCUUUGCUAGAGGGGCUGGAGGUCGACCAGUACAUGCUGGGUAUUCUUGUCUACAUCCAGAACUCCGACUACGAGGAGAUCACCAUCGACCCGGUGUGCGGCUGGAGGCCGGUGCCCGUCAAACCGGACCUGCACAUAAAGGAGGAGCCCGACGGUCCGGUCCUGAAACGCUGCCGCACGGUCAGCCCGAGUCACAUGGUCCUGCCGAACGUCAUGGAGAUGAUCGCUGCUCUGGGGCCGGCGUCCUCUCCCUACCAGAGUCUGACCUCAGGAGGCAGGAACACCCCCGACUACAACAGGCCAGGGAGCCAGGGAUUCUCCAGCCAAACAGGAUUCACAGACUUCCCCAACACUCCCGGCACCCCGACACUAGGAGAGUACGCCUCUGGACCCCCGCCCCCGCUCCCCUAUCAGUCUGACCAGGCGCCUCAUUCUGGACGAAUCGAACACCCCGGGAACGUCCUGCAGCAGCAGCAGCAGCACGGUUCAGGCGUUCACGGUAACCAGAGUCUCGGUGACGCCGGCAGUCCACUGCCGCAGCGCAACAGCAAUACCCAGAACUCCCGGCUGCAGGGCGAUGGCUCCUUUGGGCUGGGAGGCCCGGGAGCGCCUGGAGGAGAGGGAGCGGAUCAUGCACUAGAUCUUCUUCCUGAGCUGACCAACCCGGACGAGCUGCUGUCCUACCUGGGCCCCCCCGACCUUCCCAACAACAGCAGCGACGACCUGCUGUCUCUGUUUGAGAACAACUGACGACCUUCAGACUCUCACGCCGUCAUCUUCCAGCCCAGCCUCCGCUCCUCUGUUCGCUGUAGCCCGGCCCACAUCGGUUGAAGACUGCACCGUCUCUGUUGGCACACACUACUUGUGUAUGUGUGUGUGUAUGUGUGUGCGUGUGUGUGUGCGUGCAUUAAUGCGCAAGAGUGUGUAUGAUUGUGUUUUUGUGUGUCAAGUCCAUUCAGUGCAGCGUAGAGGAAAAGGAAGGAACACUCUCCACAUGUGAAGACUGUCUGUCAUGAGGAUGAUGAAGAGUAGAACAGUACACACAGACCAGCAUUUUAAACUAUAGCACAAACCACAAGCUGAAGGAUCUGUAUUUAUAGGUUUUAGUAGCUGAAGUUGGAGCAUCAUCACAGCAGCACAACGCAAUGUCGAGGAAAAAAAAAGCAAAACCUUUUCAAAAGUAGAAACAAACGUCUCAAUCAGGUGGGAUGUCGGAGGAAAAACUCAUUGGAUUUUCUUGUCCUUAUUUUUGUAUAUGUUGUUUGGUGGAGUCUGGGUUGGUUCAUUGUCUUCUUCAAGUUUACUUGAAAAGUCCUUUCACAAACGUCUUCUAUGCUUUACUUUCACCGACCUAAUGUAACUCCCCAGUUUGGGAGAGACUGCGUUAAAGGGUAAGGCUCGUGAUAUUCUGUCAACCAAGUGCAAGAAAAGACCAAAGUCAACAAGGUGUUAGUUUGUCAGCGCUCUGACGCCGACUGGUUCCCACUGCAGGUGUACAUCUUUCAAAACAGCUCACAUAUAAAAGAUUUUGUUUUUUAUCAAACAAACUGGAGGAAGUAGUGCAUUUCUUAGGGACUAUUUUCAGUGGAGGACUAAUCCACAUUUGAAGGUUUAGUGAGUGUUUGUGUUAGCAGGGCGGUGUGUGUGUGUGGGACAUGGAGUUAAAAUAAACUACAGUGUGUGUGUUCACUGUAGUGAAGGAACUAGGACUACGUGAUCGGUAAAUUGGAAUUAAUGCUUCUAGUCACCGAUCACCUUAAUACUGAUCAUCAAUGGUUAAUACUGAGAAGCACUGUGUGCUGUGUAGUGUAGCCCCGCCUCCCACUGACCGCCAAAACAAAACAACAAGUUGUCCGUGUGGAACUUUUACAUGUUUUUACACGGCAAAAAAACAACAGUGUGACUCGCUGGUGUUUUUAAAAGUUUUGGAAACAGUGAGAGGAAUGAGAUGAAUCAGACUCUGAUACACACAGAGAUUCUUUAUUGGUUUUGGUCUUUUUAUGGUAUUUAUUAGAAUAUCAACAGACUUAUCCUUUAAUACAUAAUAAUCAUAUAGGAUAAUGGCAGUUAAAAGAGGUCACAUUUUUGUUUCUCUAGUCCAGUGACAGACUAAAAAAAAAAAAACGACCUCAGAGUAAACAAGGACAGAUAAAGCCCAGCCUAUGAGGGGCCAGGCCCAGAUGUACUAUAGACAUUUUUAACACAUGAAGUUGGGAGAUCGCUGAGGUUCAUUGUAUCUCCGACAUCCUUCAGCACUGUGACAUAUAUGAAAGCUCCCACUUUCCCUCUGUUGAUUUCACCCUCUUUUGGGGAGGGGGUUUCAGACAUACUGUAAAUGCUGUGUGUCAUGGCAUUUUCUGCCACUCGAAAGCUAUUUGUAUGUUUUUAAAUUGUUUGACAUGUAUAACCCAUCACGAUGCGGGUUUAUGUACUGUAUAAUCAGCUGUUUUCAUUAGAGAACGUGUGUGUAUCAAAUGAAUUGUUAAUCAUGGUCAUUUUAAUGUUAUUAGUUGGAUAAUGGAUCAUCGUUGGCACUGUAUACAUACUGUAUGUUAGAAAAUUAUAAACAACUGUAAAACUUUGAGGUCGUACAUACAUACGUGACGCACGUAUGACAGAAAUCGAACAGUCAGCUGACACUGAGAAAUGCAGUUAAAGAUGCCGAGUUUGAAAUUAUUCUUAAUACGACUUUUUAAAGCUGACAGUUUUUUCUAUGAAUGAUUUUCCGACUGUACCCUUUGUGGGCGACAAGGCAACAACAAGUGAUGUUAUUUGCCAAUUUGAGCAAACACAAUAAUGUUAUAUUUGGAAAUUAUGGACUAUUUAACUGCAAAUUUCUAGGAAAAAAAAAGUUUUUUAAUAUUUAAACUAUUCCACAUAUUUUGUAACACAUUGUAAUUGCCAUUAUUUUCUAUUUAUUUUUUAAUCAUAAUCAUCAUUGUACCUACAGUUACGUUGUCCCUUUCCUGAAAGCCGGAAUCAGAAUUAAAAUCACUUUAUUUGA